UCGCUUACAGAACCCAUAUGCACCGAUUUGGUUUCGCGUUUCCAACAAAUCUAGUUAGCUUAGGACUAGUAUGUUUGAUUGUGACAUUGUGCAUCGCCAGAAAAAAAGACAUCUGUGUCUUUUGUAAUGUUACCCCGGAUUAUCUUUUCUUUGAGGAUUUCCUCUUUGGAAAUUGGAACGAAUUUCUUUCUAGUUGGUAUACUUGGCUCUGGCUGACAUGGUUCAUGUCACAGAUAUGGAUCACGAUACACUUGUGGACCACUGAAAACGAAAGACUAGCAUUAGCAGAAAGGAUCUUCUCUACGAUUACUUAUGAUUCACUCAUGAUUGAUCAAUGCUUAGCUUUAAAUAAAAGAAUGCAGAAUGAAAAUAUCGAACAAAAUCAUGAAGGGGAAAUUAAAGAUGCUCAACUUCCAAAUGACCUGAGACUUGAAGUUAUCGAUAUUAGCUUAGAUGCUGGAAGAAUCGAACAAGAUUUUAACCAAGAUGAUUCAAUUGAUGCUAAUAUAACAGCAGUUAAUAAGCGUAAAGAUCGAAUUGCAAAAAUUUACGCGUGCGCUACAAUGUGGCACGAAGAGAAGAGCGAGAUGAAUCAUUUAGUGGGCAGUAUUCUACGAUUGGAUAAAGAUCAAUGUGCAAUACGCGUCACACAGAAAUAUUACAAAAUUCAAAUUGAAGAUUAUUAUGAAUUAGAAAGUAAGACGUACAGACAAGUAUAA